AUGCUUGUUGACCAAGUGAUUGAUUCACCUGCGUCUAUUGACGAGUCUAAGCGUAAACAGAAGAACCGCUCUACUGUUGGUGUUCGUGGUGGAAAGAACAGCGAUGAUAGAUAUCCUAGCCAUGUGUCGUUUAAGAACACUCCUCUCCCUGCAUCGCUUGCUGGUUCCCAUUCUGCAUCGAUUCGUUAUGUAAAACCUGCCGAGUCUGCUACUAGCGAUCCCGCUCGACAGCGACCAUCCAACACUUGUCAUGCAGUGGUCAAUUCUCCAAAGACGACCUCUACUGACACUACAAUCGGGACUCCUGUCGUAGCUCCUGUUGCUAAUUCUACCCCUCAAACUACUACAGAUACUAUAGAUACAGUAACCAAGACACUCCCAGCUGCAUCUACUCCUGUUCUGCAUACUGCAGUCAAUGAGUUGCGACACAAGUCGCCAAUCAAGGCCGAGUCUGCAUUCAGCAAGGCUCGUAGCAACAUUUUGCUGCAGGAAUAUGAACUGGGUCGCUUUUCGGACAUUUCUGUUGUUUGCUGUGGACAGACAUUUCGUCUGCAUCGCAUCGUAUUGAUGCAAUCACCAUUCUUUCGAGGGUUGUUGCUAUCGAAUCUGGCCAGUGCCAUCAUUUCUUUGCGCACCGAUACUGAUCCUCGUAUCACUACUAAUGGCUUAGAAGUUGCAUUACGAGACCUGUACACAAUUCAUCCCUCUUUUCAACGCAAACUGAUUUUAACCGAGUCAACUGCAAUGUCCGUAUUGUCUGCAGCUUGUUUUCUAGAGCUUGAAGAUCUUGCUGAAUAUAGUGUCAGGCAGAUCGCUACUGUCAUGUCGUGCACCUCAAACAUUGGUGUUCUUGCAUUACAAUUGGAUCAUUUGGAUCCACUAGGAUUUGCCAAGCCUACGUCCUAUGGGCCACAGCAUCAAUACACAGUGCUGCUAGCUCGUUAUCAUGCACAAUUAAGUAGAUUUUGCACUGCAUCGUUGUGCCGAUUUAUUGGUCUCUGCAGUAUGAAUGAUAAAGAUGCUGAAAACAGUUGUGAUGAGGACACCAGUGCUGAUUCUUUAAAUGAUAUUGGCUCAAUGACUGCUGCUGUGGCUGCCGAGCCUGUAUCUAGUGACAAUACACCAAUGGUAUCGGCAACAUCAGGUGCUGUGAAACAAGUUCAGCGCAAUAAUACAGAGAAAGUCAAAUUGCAUCUGCAGUCGACUGAUCUUCAAACUAGCAACGUGGAAGCAGCAAUAUCUCCAAUCGUUAAAUUUUUGGCUGUUCUUCCCAUGUCGUGGAUCAAAAAGCUUAUCGAAUCUGACUGGCUAUGCGUGCGUUGUGAUUUUGAUCGAUAUCUAAUCACCACUCAAAUCAUUCGGAUCAAAUUUAAUCAAAAUCAACCGCUUACAACCCAUGGCACACUGCAUGGUUUUGAGUCCACUUCCUUUUUUGAUUUUCCUUACACUAGCAAUACUUCUUGCCAGCAGUCAUCAGCAAAUGUGUUUGAUGAAAUAGACACAUCUUUUGAUCUUACUUUUGAGCCUCAAGCCAAAGUUAAGAAUGACGAGCAUUAUGUUGCUUGUGCGUCCAAGAAUGCCAACAAGGCUCAGGAAAAUAACAAUAAAUCGCAUCCUGCUCCAGUUCCUGCCGUGUCAAGUGUAGCUGGACUGUUUUCAUCUCUUUUUGACGGAUUUUUAUCAUCCAAAAAGCGAAAACUCGAUUCUGAUGAAGAGUUGCCAAGCAAACAUACUUCCGAUGACAGUGACAUUGAAAUCAACUCAAAGCGCGACUCAUCGUCUGUGACUUUUGAUUAUGAAGUUGGUGGCAAGUCUGAUGCUCAGCGCGACAGUCAAGCUAUGGAUACUAAACAUCGGAAAAUCAAACCUCUUAAAUCGAAUCGUCGUGGAAAUGGUACUCGCCGUGUAUCUCCAGCCAAUACAGUUUCGUCGGUAGAAAACCAGUCUCUCAUUGUCAAAGAGAUUUUUGAGCAUAGUAUUACGUAUACUUAUAUGACUUUUCCUCAGUUGGAGGUGGUCAAACGUGAUGGGAUUGUCCCCACAAACAUUGUUCUUGAAAGCCAUUGGUUACAGGCUGAGUUGAGCAAUCCUACCUCCUCAUUAAAAAGUCGAUCUCGUUCCAGUAGUCUUGUUCAGAGCUCAACAGAUAUGAGCAUGCCUAUAUCAACAAUAUCUACUGCUGGGUUUGGACAAUCUACCAAUUCAUCACAUAAGAAACUGCCUCCGUUUCGUUUUGGUGUUCGAUUCGAUAAUAUUCGUGAUCAGUUUGCUGCUCAUCGACAUCUUAUGACUGGCGCAGCUGGAGAUUCAGAUGUUUCACCAUUAAUGAUUUACUCGCAGUCUGUGGUAUGUGCGGGAACGCAGUACCGUUUGGUGCUCUCGUAUGAAUUCAACUGCACUUCAGACUUGUCUGUAUCUGCUACAUCCAAUAGCAUAUCUGGUUUGCAAGCAAAUGCUGAAGCGCCUUUGAAUGCAUCAGAUGCUACAUCCAUGCAGAACAAUGUAGAUGGUGUUGCUCAAUAUGGUGCCAAAGCAUUAUUACAGCGUAGUCGUACAUCCACAAGUGGUGUUCAAUCAAGCUGCCAAUCCAUAUCAUAUCGAGUGUAUGCUUUCGAUCAUAUGGCACCUGUGAAACUAGAUGAUAUAGACAUGUUUGAACCAAUAACCAAGUGUGAUUUUUCUGGGAAUGGACACGCACGAUCGUUAAAUAUUGACCAUUGGGAGAAUAACAGAUUUGAUCAUACUGAUGAUGGACACGAUAGUAUUUGGCUUGUGGCUGUUAUCGAGUUUUAAAUGAAGAUUCUGUAUUUUGGAUGACUAC